AACAAUUAUUUAAAUUUUUAGUGGAUUAUAAGUUAAUCAUCUUGAAAAACAUUUUGAAAAAACUUAAAAAUGCCUAAAUUUCGUAAAGGAGAUCUUGUAUGGGCUAAAAUGAAAGGAUUUCCACCAUGGCCUGGGAAUAUUGUUGAUGCCCCUGCAGAGAUUAAAAAGCCAUCUCAAGCCAACAAAAAACCAUUUCAUUGUGUGUAUUUUUAUGGAUCUGAAAAUUAUGCUUGGAUGCAAGAAGAAUGCAUCAAGAAUUACUCCGAAUUUCGCGAUAAAUUCAUUCAAGCUAUCAAGCCAGCCCAACUCAAGGACGCCAUUGAAAAAUCCGAAACAGUUUUCGGCGAUUAUUUGGUCUAUAAAAAGAAAAAAGAGGCCGACGAGGAAACAAACGCACGUGACGCUUUGCCGAGUAUUAAAGACGAACUUGAUGCUAUCUAUUCUUCCCGUCAUGUGACUAACAUGAAAAUGAAAAAAGAAAAUGGCACAUCUUCCUUCCUUUCUUCUGCUUCCUCUCUGCUCGGGGGGGGUGAAACCUCACCCCAAAACACGAACGAAUAUAAAAAGAAGUUGAUCGAUGGGUCUGGCAACCAAUCUAAGAAGUUUAAAAUUCUUGCCCGAAGUCGUCUUUCGCCACCUCCCAUUGAUGGACCCUCUUCCCUUUCCGACCAAUCGGAAGAAACCUCCGAUGAUGACAUUACCCAGACGCUUGAUCAAUCACGAGACUCCAAUUGUGAGUAUGAUUCGGAACACGACUCAAGAAUUGACAUUACCAAUGACGUCACGAAUAAUGCUGAUAAGCUAAACGAUAUCGACGGUACAGAAGGCGAUUUGCUGGAACCGAAAGGCCUAAAGGGUGUCGAUGAAAACUUCAAUCCUGAAUCUGGCACUUAUAAUGAAACCCAGAAAAGUGAUGACAAGCACAAGAAAGGGAAGAUAAACGAGAAAGUCCCCCACGAAGUAAAGAUUAACGGUAAGGGAAGUUCGGGGCUAGGGGGUAGUAGCAGGAAGAAGAGAGUCGCCCUUGUCAACACAGGGGAUACCAAGAGGACUAACAUGGCUCACAGUGAUAAGAAACGAUCCUUUUACAGAAAAUUCAAAAAUGAUCCUUUUAACACUUCAUUGGAUAGAACCACAAAAAACAUCGAAAUAAAAUUGAUAGAUAUUUCGAGAUUGACAGGUGGCGACCUCAUCAAAACAGAGGCAUGUUCUUCCACAUCUUUAGCUGCGGCUUCGAGCCCUUCCAAUGAAUUACAAGACAUUCAAUCCAGAAGCUUGAAGCUGGGAUUUCUCGGCACUGGUAUAAUGGGAAAACAAAUAGUGCACACUCUUUUAAAUGCCGGACAUCAAGUUUGCGUGUGGAACAGGGAUCCAGCCAAGUGUAAGGAGCUUAUAAAAUCGGGAGCCACUUAUGGAAUCACUCCGGGUGACGUCAUAACAUCUUGUAACAUCGUAUUUUGUUGCUUUUCGGAACACAACGCUCUCAGAAAGAUCGUUCUAAACGACGACGACGUCAUUAAGGCGCUCAAAAGUGGCAAAGGAAUAGUUAAUCUCUCCACCAACACUUACAAAACUGCGUCAGAUUUGGCGGAAGUAAUAGGAUCUCUCAAUUCCUCUUAUCUGGAGGCACCCCUGUUCGGAUCCACUUCCGGUUCCAACAGUUCCCUCCUUAUAUUGACAGCUGGAGACGAGAAUCUGUAUCGUCAAUGCGAACCCCUUUUCAAGCUGAUCGGUCGGCCUCUAUUUUUUGGGCGGGACGAAAGCUACGCCGCCAAAAUGGCCCUGAUAGUCAAAUCGUUCCAGGGGGCGGUCAUAGCAGGAUUAGCUGAAACACUUUCCCUGGCCGAAAAGACCGGCAUAAGGGCGGAAGAAGUUAUUUCCGUCCUAUCUCGUAGUAUGCUGGAUUGUCCUAUCAUCAGGAACAAGGGCCAAGAAAUCAUAGAGGGGCUCUUUUUGCCCUCUCUCCCACUAAAACAUCAACAAAACGAUCUCAAACUUACACUAGACAUGGCUGACGGACUGGAUCACCCCACCCCACUCUUGUCUACCGCUAACGAAGUAUACACCCUUCUUUACAAAAGGGCCAAAAAUUUGGGUUGCGGAAUGAGCGAUGUCUCUUCAAUCCACAAGGCAUUUUAUUUAUGAACGAAAAAGAAAAAAAGUAGAAAUUAGAAAAGAUGAAUUUGUUCGUUGAUUUAUUUUAUUUUAUAAAAUUAUCCAUUUAAAUUUUGUUUUGUUUUUUUAUUUCUCAAUUUCUUGUCUAUUUUCUUAUUUAUACUUCGCUAAGCGCCGUCUCUUAAAUUAAUGUAUUUUAUCUCAAAUAUUUUAAUAGAUGCCUUUGCACAAUACAAAAUUGCUCCCUCCCUCGCCUCCCCCUAACGUUAGAAUCAUUUUAUGCAUAUACAAUAAUACUAUGGAUGGUGCAUCUAUUCUUUCUUUUUAUAAUCUCCCUAUUUGCCAUUUCCUUAGGGAAUAUUAAAAAUAAAAUAAUGGCGAAAUUUUCAUAUUUUUUUAUCAUCGUUUUAAUUAUUAAAUUAUUAUAGAUUUUAUUUUUUAAAAUUAUUCCUUUUUUUUUUCAUCCUAAAAUUUUUAAUUCAAAUAAAUAUAUUAUACGUCAAAAACUUGAAUCAUUUAUAAAUUAUUUUGUUUUGUUAUUAUUUUAUUAUAUUUAAAAAAAAUAAUUAAUAAGUUCAUAUGAAUUAUUAUCAAAUUCAAGAUAAUUAUUUUCAAAUAUUUUUUCGACACGCUUCGAAUAUGAUCGAUUUAAUUUUUAGUAAUUAAAAUUAUUUUUGAUUAUCGAUUUUGAUCCAGGAACAUAUCCAAUCUUAAAAUUGAUGAAAAUUUCCAUUUUUUUUUAUGAAAUGAUAUUUUUUCUUGUACCGUUUAUUGUUGAUAUAAUAUAUUUUUUAAAUUUAUAAUUGGUAAUUGGACAUUAUAUAACGUUUAGAAGAUAUGUAUAUAAAAAAAUGCUAUAUUAUAAUAUGUUUUUUUAUUUAAAAAAUAUUUAGCGACCCCCUCCCCUUCCUACCUUCUUCCUCAUCCAACACAUAAUUAAAUAAAUCUUUGUUAUAAAGAUAUAUACUAGUACUUCACAUCAUUUAUUGGCUAAAAAGUACGGCUUAAAUGUAGAAGUGCUCAUUACCUUUUUAUAUGUUUUUUUUAACUUGUAAAAUAUUGUUGAUUUUUUGUACGCCUCUUUCUACUUAAUUUAUUUUUGUGGUAUUGUUCUGUAGAUAUUUUUUAUUUAAAAAGAAUCUGUAGAUAUUAUUUAACUAAAUAGGUAUAUAUAUA